GUGGUUUUCUCCCUGGACGCUCCGGGCGCGGGCGAUUUGUACGUAAUGGCGGGCGCAUGGUCGCCGGAUUGCGGCGCAGGGUACUCCUGCCCUCGCCGUGGCCGUGACAACAGGGCCAAGUGGAGCGAGUCCUCGUUGUUAGGCAGGCGGCUCUCGGAGGACUCGAGCCGCCACCAGCUGCUGCAGAAGUGGGCGAGCAUCUGGAGCUCCACGAGCGGGGAGGCGUCGGAGGUCGGGGCGGAGAAGGCGCCGCGCGAGGCGGCGUCGGCGGCGGAGGAGGAGGAGAGGCCGCUCGUGUUCCUGUGCUCCGGUUGCCGGCGGCCGCUCGGCGACUCGCUGAGCUGGGUGACCAGCCUGGAGGACGCCAACUGCAUUCUGCUGCGCUGUGUUUCCUGUAACGUUUCUGUGGAUAAGGAGCAGAAGCUCUCCAAACGUAAAGAUGAAAAUGGCUGCGUCCUCGAGACCCUGUACUGCGCCGGCUGCUCCCUCAACCUCGGCUACAUAUACAGAUGCACCCCCAAGAGCCUUGAUUACAAGAGGGACUUGUUUUGCCUCAGUGUCGAAGCCAUUGAAAGCUAUGUUUUGGGAUCCUCUGAAAAACGGAUAGUGUCAGAAGAUGAAGAGCUGUUUAAUCUUGAAAGCAGAGUUGAAAUAGAAAAGUCUCUAAAACAGAUGGAGGAGGUGCUGCAAGGCCUGCAGAAGCAGCUGUGCGAGGUGGAGUCAAAACUCUGCUCUCCCGGCUGCAAGAGCUGAGCGCUCAGUGAGCAGAGCUGGGGAGUUACCUGGACGGCUGUGUGUGGUGCUGAAGUGACUGUUCCCACGUUCAAGUGUUCCAGCCAUUUUACGGAAUUGAACUUUAGGAGUUUUUAUUUUGGUAAGAAGCUAGGAUGGUUUCUGAACUGUUUUCUCCUCUGGUCAAAUUCCUUGUCCUCCAUUUCCUGUUUUUUUUAAGCUAACUCACUGCUGAUGCUUUGGCUUGUCCUAUGGAACAUUGAGAAAGCCUUGGAGGUUCCCGCAGCUGGAGCGCCCGAGCGCUCUCUGGGGAGAACGGACGCGCACGGCCCUCUGGGGAGACGUGCCGUGUGGGUGACUUUGUCCUGUUGAUUUACUGCUGCGGGCUACCAGUCUGGGAGACACGGGGUGCAGGUUGUCAGUGUGUGUGACGCAGGGCUUUCACAGAGAGAACGGGGUUAUUUGUAUAAUGGGAAAGAGAAUAAAGACGAAAGCACAGCGCCUUCA